UCAAGGGUCAAUAUCUGACAGGUCUCUCAGCGCCUCUAUAUAAUACCAUCUGCAAUGUCACUAAGAAGUGCAUCUUCCUGGAACUUUACUUACUCCAAUUCAGCUUAGCAGGCAGACCAAGAGAGCGACGGUGAGAGAGAGACUGCACAUUUUUAAUUGCUGUCUUUGUCAUCCCCCUCCCCCAAAAAUUAUAAGAAACAUGGAAACCAAAGUCCUCUCCUCCGGAUUCAAAUACCAAAACUUGCCGGAAGGUUAUGUCAGACCAGAAUCCGAGCGACCUCGCUUGUCUGAAGUCUCCGAAUGCAAAAACAUUCCUGUAAUUAAUUUGGCCUCGGAGAAUAGAGCCGAAACUGUGCAGCAAGUUGGUGAUGCUUGCAAGUCUUAUGGCUUUUUUCAGGUUAUCAAUCAUGGUGUGUCUACGGAAGCAGUGGAAAAGAUGUUAGGGACGGCCACUGAGUUCUUUAGCCUUCCUGUGGAGGAAAAGAUGAAGUUGUAUUCAGAUGAUCCAUCAAAGACGAUGAGGCUUUCUACAAGUUUUAAUGUGAACAAGGAGAAGGUUCAUAACUGGAGAGACUAUCUCAGACUCCAUUGCUAUCCUCUGGAAAAGUACGUUCCAGAGUGGCCCUCCAAUCCUUCUUCCUUCAAGGACAUUGUGAGUAAGUACUCUGUAGAAGUUCGAGAACUGGGGUUCAGAUUACAGGAGUUAAUAUCAGAGAGUUUAGGGCUGGAGAAAGAUUACAUAAAGUGUACGUUGGGUGAGCAAGGACAGCAUAUGGCCGUGAACUUUUCCCCGCCAUGUCCACAGCCCGAGCUGACUUAUGGGCUGCCAGGACACACUGACCCAAAUGCCCUAACAAUUCUUCUCCAAGACCUCGGGGUUGCUGGCCUUCAAGUUCUCAAGGAUGGCAAAUGGGUUGCUGUCAAUCCCCACCCUAACGCUUUUGUCAUUAACCUUGGCGACCAAUUACAGGCCUUGAGUAAUGGAAUUUAUAAGAGUGUGUGGCACCGUGCCAUUACAAAUACUGACAGAGCAAGGCUAUCAGUGGCUUCAUUCCUCUGCCCACAAGAUGACGCACUGAUCAGCCCAGCAAAGGCUCUUACAGAUGAUGGUUCUGCAGCCAUUUAUAGGGGCUACACGUACACAGAGUAUUAUAAGAAGUUUUGGACUAGGGACUUGAAUGAAGAGCAUUGUUUGGAGCUUUUCAAGACCGAUCAGUAGCCUCAAUUUGUGUCUUGCUAGUUGUUGCCAAUCUGAUUAUAUAUUUCUCGUCAUGGCAUGUAGGGCUGCUUUUAUAACCUGGUGGGGUGGAGGGAUUGCAGCAUGCUAUUGGAAGCCACAGGUUGGCGCAUCGCAGUUGUUCUGAAAGGUUUAAAGUGUCUUGACUUAUGCAUAUGUUGAAUAAUUUCCACUCUGCUGGUUUAUUUUAUUGGUUAUUCUAUUACUCUGAACUACUUGCCUCCAUUGUUGUAACAUCUGGAAUAAUUCGACAGGUUGGCCAUAUAAUUGUUAUUGUAUGCAGCAAGGCCUCUUUGUAAACUUAUUUCAUGUUAUACAGAGGGUUGAGAUGCUCUGUAAGGUUCUGAAUAAUAUCAUGUGAAUGUCUUGUUAUUUCUUCGCAUGAA